AUGACCAUCACCAUCUAUGACUCGGAUUACCCCGCGCCCUUCCUCCCUCAGCAGUCCAUCUUCGACUUCCUCCUCCCUCCGGGGCCUGGGAUCAGCCCAAUCCCUGACUGGUCACCAUCGCAGCCGCUGUUCAUCGAUGGACUCGACGAGCGCGUACUGAGCCGCGGCGAGCUUCGGACCAAUGCCCUGCGUAUCGCCUCCGGCCUCCGAGCUCUGGGAGUUAAACGCGGAGACACGGCUUGCCUCUGGGGCUUCAACAGCCUCGAGUACAUCCAAGCUGCAUAUGGACUCAUGGCGGCCGGCGUGGUUGCGAGCCCGGCGAAUGCCGCAUAUCAACCCCUCGAGAUUGUGCACCAACUCAACGACUCGAACUCGGCCGCCAUCUUCAUCGCGCCCGCGCUCAUCCCCACAUUCGAAAAGGCGCGGCUGCACCUGACCGAUCGGUUCCCAGACGAGCGUGUUAUCCUCCUCUGUAAGCCGGAAGACAAGCCUCCAGGCUCUCCGUUCAAGCUCGUCACCGAGAUCUUUGGUGAGCCCGGCGAGCCCGAGCAGUUCAAUGGAAAGGACGCACAAGAAGUCGCCUGGCUCGGCUAUAGCUCAGGAACCACCGGGCUGCCCAAGGGCGUAAUGACUACACACUUCAACCUCACGAGUCAGAUGCAGGCAGCUGUGCUCGGCAUCGAGCACCUCGAGAGCGGGCACGACUGCGUCCUCGGUGUGCUCCCCAUGUCGCACGUGUACGGCCUCGCGUACCUCCUCAUGAUGCCUUCGACGCAGGGCGUACCGGUUGUCAUCCUCCCGCGCUUUGACGAGGAGACCACCCUCCAGGUGAUCCAGAAGUACAAAAUCACUUACGGACUCAUCGUGCCGCCCAUCGUGUUGGUACUGCUCCACUCGAAGCUGCUCGACAAGUACGACAUCUCGUCCAUGCACUCGAUGGUGUGCGCUGCUGCGCCAUUGUCCGUGCUACAGGCCGAGGCGUUCUCUGCCAAGUUCCCCGACAUCAAACUCAUGCAGGGUUACGGGAUGACUGAGGCCUCGCCAGCCACACACGUCAUGGCUGCACACGAGGCAGACGGCCACGAGGGCUUCUGUGGGCGCCUGCUCGCGACGUUUCAAGCGCGUCUCGUAGACCACAACACGGGCCUGGACGCGGAGCGUGGCGAACCCGGCGAGCUGUGGCUUCGCGGCCCAAACAUCAUGCGCGGGUACCACAACCGGCCCGAGGAGACGGCCAAGUCGAUGGCCCCUGGCGGGUGGUACAAGACAGGUGAUGUGCUGACGCGCCGCGACGAUGGGUGGUGGAAAGUUGUGGACCGCGUCAAGGAGCUCAUCAAGUACAAGGGCUUCCAAGUCGCGCCUGCCGAGCUCGAGGGCCUCAUCCUCAAGCACCCAAAGGUCAUUGACGCUGGUCUCUGUGCGGUGUACGACGAGAGCCAGGCGACUGAACUUCCACGCGCGUACAUUGUCGUCGCGCCCGAUUUCAAGGACGACCGCAAGGUCGGGCGCGAGGUUGCCGACUGGCUCGCUACCCAGGUCGCACCGCACAAGCGUCUGCGCGGCGGCGUUGUCGUUGUGGACGAGAUCCCCAAGUCACCAGCGGGUAAGAUUCUGCGCAAGUUUCUCCGAGAACGCGCGGCCAGGGAGUGGCAGGCCGAGGUCGCGGCCAAGGGCGGUGCGCGGCUGUAA